AUGGCCACAUCGUCAAUUCAGAAUCUUAACAAGCCCAAAGAUGCUUUCGAGCAACUAGAGGACGAAGAGGGCACACGCCAGGGUUUCUGCCAUAUCAGAAUUCAGCAGCGAACUGGCCGCAAAACCAUCACAACUGUUCAGGGUAUUGCACCUGAAUAUGAUCUGAAGAAAAUUGUUCGCUAUUUAAAGAAGAUGCGAGGCGCGACGUCCUUGUCGAACAUCAGAAUGUUGUUCGCUCUGAUAAUCUUUCGAUUGCUUAAUGCCUUGCUGGUGCGAACUUAUUUUGUGCCGGACGAGCUUUUCCAAAGUGUGGAAGUGGCGCAUCGAGCAGUCUACGGUGUCGGCUACGUGUCCUGGGAAUGGAAGUGGUCACUUCGCUCCGUGCUGCAUCCAGCCUGUAUCGCGCUGCUCUACCGCAUUGGACGCUCACUGGGCAUCGAUUCGGCACUGUACGUCACCGAAGCACCGCGAUUACUUCAUGCUCUGUUGUUUGCAUUUUCCGAUUUUUCGUUCUACGGGCUUGCCCAUCGAACACUUGCAUCGCACAGUGCCGCCAGCUAUGCGCUCACCAGCUAUCUGUCCUGCUGGUUUGUAUGGUACUGCGCACCACGUACACUUUCGAAUGCGCUGGAGACAGCUCUAGUGCUUUAUGCACUGCACUGGUACCCGCUGACAGCGAAGGAUCUGGCCACACGCCGUUGCUGGCCAUACAUCUCCCUGGGCUUUGUCAGCAUCCUGAUUCGGCCCACUGCAAUUCUCAUUUGGAUCCCGCUCGGCCUCUGGCAUCUUUGGCGCUCCAGCUCCCCGUUCAGGCUCAUUUUCGGUGUCUGCGCACCUGCAUGCCUUCCGACUCUUCUGGCUGCUCUGCUGCUCGAUUCGGCCGUCUAUGGCCGAUGGACGUUGACGAUUUGGAACUUUGCUAGUUUCAACGUGUUCCAGGGCGGUAGCGCCCACUUCGGAUCGCAUCCGUGGCAUUGGUUUCUCAUACAGGGCCUACCUGCCGUCCUCACAGUCCAGCUGAUUCCGAUUAUUGGAGGUGUUUGGCUUGCUUGCAGAAAUGGCAGCCUUCAUUUUUCUUCACCUCCUCCGCUGAUAUUUGCUAUCACUCCGAUACUGUACGUCACUGGUCAUAGCUUCAUCGCUCACAAGGAGCAUAGAUUUUUGCUUCCGAUUAUUCCACUGUUGUGUCUCUUCGCCGGUUAUUUCUUGAAUUCUGGCUUGUUGUACUGGAAGAGAAAGACGGGUAAUCGGAUGAUCUUCACCCGACGAUCACUAUGGAUUGGCCUGCUGCUCGUGGUCAACAUACCCAUGGCGCUGUAUUUGGGCCUAUAUCAUCAGGCAGGCGUUUUCACGGCCACGCGAUGGAUUGGCGAACAUUUGGCCAGCCGACGAUUUAGCGCGACGAAAAAGCAUUUCGAGAUCGUUCAGUUGAUGCCAUGCUUCUCGAUGCCCCAGUACAGCUAUUUCCAUGGCUUGAACGUGUCUAUCACUGCACUGGAUUGCUCGCCUAAUUUGGAGUACAAAAAUGAUUAUGUGGAUCAGGCUGAUCAAUUUCACAUCGAUCCGAAUCGGUGGAUUGUCGAAAAUGCGAAACUGUUAGAAGGGGCUGAUUACAUUGUGAUGUACGAGAAGACUUAUCAGUUGACGAAACGUCUUAUCAGUUCCCUGAAUUUUCGAUUGUGCUCACGCUUUUUCCAUGCACAUUUCCUGUCCUCUCCACGACAGGAUCAUUACAUCGUUGUCACUUGCCGCUAA